GGUCACAGGCUUUUCAUUCAAAUAAUUUUGUAAAUUUAUUCUCCUAUGCUUGUACUAGGAACAUCGAAUAACAAGUGCAAUAAUAAUCAAACUAAUUCAUCCUAAAGUUUCUUUGAAGAAGCUGUGUAGAAAAAACUGUGGUGAUUGAUGAAACGUAUCAUCCAAAAUUAUUGGAAGCAUUCAUCACCAGACAUUUCAUACACUGGUACACAGACAUACUGGAGUUCUCUUACUAACUUUUGGCUUGGUUGGCAUCUCAGGAUCAGAAAUGUUGAAGCUGCAACAAAAGUUGGCAUCACUGGUCUCCAUUUUAAGAAUGCAGAGUUGCUACUCGAAGAUCUGCAUAGAUCAGGAGUUGACAUUUGAACUCAUAGACAUCAAUGAAGUUAGGAUCAAAUUUGGCAACCAGAGCCACUGAAUUCAUCAAUGGUUUAAAUUCCUUAUAUUCUUUUUAAAAUUGAGGAUAAUCAUGGAAUAUAAUAACCAUUGUACUUGUCA